CAAUCGAGAUUCGAAUCCCUAAUCUCACUUUCACUCCAAUCUUCAUCACCUACACUCCAAAAACACAAAAGAGCAGCUCAAUCAAAUCUCGCAAAAUGUCCACAGCAUCGGUGCGCCGGAUUAAAGAGCGCGGCGGCGGAGGAGGGAAAAUCUCCGCCGCACCCGCCGCCGGCAAAGUCUCCCCAGUUUCAACCGGGAAGGAGAAUCCCAGGCCCACGUCACGGGUUCGGGCGGCGACGCAGAAGCCCACUCUGAAGCCCAUGGCGCGGGUAGACAAGUCCGUGGCGCUGCCGCCGCCGCCACAGGCGGAGGAGACACGGCCCAGGCGUUCUAGCUCAUCUGUGCCGAGAGGUAGGAGUUCUAGCCCCUUUGAAUUUAGUAGGGCAUUGCCUGAUUUAAGGAAAAAUGCUUCGAGGGGUUGUGUCGGCUCGGCCAGGGGAAAAGAGAGUGGGGCUAGUUUGAAAGGUUUGAAUGUGAAAUGUGGUGGAAAAUUUGAUCUUGAACAAAGUGUUGGAAAGGAUUUGACCAAAAAAGGGGUUUUUUUGGGUGACCUAAGCAAAGAUAAGGUCAACAUUAGGGCUGCCAACGAGGGGAGGUGCAAUAUGAAAGAUGAAAGAUCGAAUCUUGAGAAAUGGGGUUUGAAAGAUUUCAUGAAAAUUGAACCAAGUAUGGAGGAGCCAAAAGGGGAAUCUCAAGAAAAUGGGAAACUAGAUGUAACGGUUAUAACUGGGGAUGGUGAUGAAAAAGGACGGAACUUGAAGCCCGUGGUGAAAAAAUCUGAUAUUGAGGAAGUUAGUUUGAAAACUGGUUCAGAGGCUGGUCCCAAAAGUAGCAAAUUUACUGAGGAAGUGAAGAUGAAGUCUAGCGCAGUAGGAGUCGUACCAGGGUCAAGUUCAAGGGAGUCGAAGAUGGUGAACACAGGUGGUAGCGGUCCGAGUGCUCCCAGAGAGAAUGCUGCAAACAAGUAUCCAAGCAAGCUUCAUGAGAAGCUUGCCUUUUUGGAAGGGAAAGUGAAAAGGAUAGCAUCUGAUAUAAAGAGGACGAAAGAAAUAUUGGACAUGAAUAACCCGGAUGCCUCCAAGUUGAUGUUGUCGGAUAUUCAAGAGAAGAUUACGGGGAUCGAGAAGGCCAUGGUAUGUGUUGCUGGUGGCGAUGUGGAAAAGACUCUGGUUGAUAAAGAAAAGGAAGUCAGGGAUGCUCAGGGCACAUCUAAGGGUUUGAAUGCUGAAGAUUUGGAAGCACGGCUGUUUCCUCAUCAUAAGUUGAUUAGAGAUAGGACUUUAUCCAAGGCAACAGUUAGAGGUUCUGAGACUUGUGUAUCAGAAGUCGGAGAGUCUACAGACACUCUUGCUGUGGAUGAGAAGGCAACUAUUUUCGAAGACAAUUCUGUUGCUGUGGAAUUGCUUGUGGCUAAGGAAGAAUCACAUGUUGGUGAAGAAGUAAGAGAGCUUCAAGAGAUGGACGGUUCUAAGACGUUUGUUGCAGAAAGUUCUUCUUUAAAUGCACUUAAUGACAAAGUUAGUAUUGAUGCUUUCCUUAUUGCUGAUGAAAAGCUUAAUGAAUUUGAUGACGAAGAGAUAGUGCCAGCCAUGACAUUCGAAGAGGAGGUAGAGGAAGACUCUAGUUAUAAACUGAAUGGUAUCGGGCGGAAGACCACAACUGGAGGUUGGUUUGUGUCCGAGGGAGAGUCUGUUCUUCUGGCUCAUGAUGAUGGAUAUUGUUCUUUUUAUGACAUUUCUAAUUCUGAGGAGAAGGCCGAAUACAAGCCCCCAUCUGGAGUUGUCCCAAAUAUAUGGCAAGAUUGCUGGAUGGUACGAGCCCCUAGUGCAGAUGGAUGUUCUGGAAGAUAUGUUGUGGCGGCAUCUGCUGGAAAUUCUGCGAAUUCAGGCUUCUGCUCGUGGGAUUUCUACACCAAAAAGAUAUGUGCUUAUCAUUUUGAAGAUGAAACCACUCGUGUUAGAACAGCCCUUGCUCCUCUGCCGAACAACACAAUGCAUGGAAGAUUCACUCUGUCAAAUGCUAUGGCUGCUGAAAACCAACAAUGGUGGUAUAAACCAUGUGGACCUCUCAUUAUGUCGGGUUGUAGCUAUCAGAGGAUGGUCCAACUCUAUGAUAUCCGUGAUGGGGAGCAAGUGAUGAAAUGGGAGUUGCAUAGGCCUCUUACCGCAAUGGACUAUUCAAGUCCUUUGCAGUGGAGAACUAGAGGAAAAGUGGCAGUCGCAGAAUCGGACAGUAUUUCUGUUUGGGAUGUCAGCUCUCUUAGUUCUCAGGCACUGCUUUCAGUAUCUUCUUCUGGUCGUAGAAUCUCCGCUUUUCAUGUGAAUAACACUGAUGCGGAACUUGGUGGAGGAGUUAGACAAAGGGUUAGUUCAGCAGAAGCAGAAGGAAAUGAUGGAGUAUUCUGCACUUCAGAUUCCAUCAAUGUUCUAGAUUUCCGUCAACCUUCAGGCAUUGCUCUAAAGAUACCUAAAGUUGGAGUGGACGUGCAGUCAGCUUUCUCACGUGGGGAUUCCAUCUACAUUGGAUGUUCUACUUUAACAUCAGCUGCGAAAAAGCAAUACUCCUCCCAAAUCCAGCAGUUCUCUUUGCGCAAACAGAGGCUCUUCAGCACAUAUAUGUUACCUGAGUCAAAUGCUCACAGCAGCUUCACAGCAUUGACCCAAGUUUGGGGAAGUUCAAACUACGUCAUGGGAGUUAGUGGACUUGGUUUAUUUGUUUUCGACUCCUUGAAGGAUGAUGGACUACCUUCCUACACAAUGGAUUAUAACAGCUCCCAAAAUGUCAAAGAAAUCAUUGGACAAGAUGACAUGUACUAUCCCUCUUUCGAUUACUUGUCUUCAAGGGUCCUGCUCAUAUCCAAAGAUCGUCCUGCGCAGUGGAGGUACUUAUUCUAGGUUAAAUUUGUAUCUGCUUGGACUUGGAUUGAGCAAUUACUUAUUGCCUCUCGGUUUGCAAUGUUAGCUUAUGUAUUAGUGAAAACUUGUUUCUUUGAGUGAUUGUGAGGUGGUUUUUUUUAAUGAAGCAGCUUUGUUUGUAAUUACUGCAUUGUAUAUCUGGUUUUCUUCCGUUUUGCUUAUGCAAGUAUGAUAACACAAUGGUUUUGGAUUGAAAUAAUAUAAAGUGAUGCUACUGUGUGAUCAA